AGAAUUAGAAAUGAAACCUCACGUGCAUUACUCUGUAGCUUUUUGUCUUUGUUAGAUUGAAAGUUUGAAGAAUCCUAUUUAAAACCCACAAACCUUUUUCUUCACAACUACAAGUCCAUCAUAAAAAGGGUGAAUUUGUUUUCUCUUUCGGGAAUAUAGCUCUUUUGUUUGGGACUUUUAUGUUAAUUUUCUUUCCUCCUUCUUCUUCUUCUAUCUUCAAUAAUGGCACUUGAAACUGUGGUUUUCCCACAAGAUCCAUUCACAUAUAAUAAUUACUUGUAUUCGUUGGUGGGAGAAGCUGGUGAAGAACAAGAGAAUGUUCUUCUAGGAAUUAUCAAUAACAACAACGUAGGACAGAAUCAAAAUGAACAUGCAAAUUGGGAUUCUUGUUCACACUCUUCCUCUCCUGAAGUUUGCACUGUUGAUCAAACUCUUUCUUCCACCGUGGAAGCUACUGUGGGAAGGAGAAAACGACGUCGUACUAAGAACACAAAGAAUAAGGAGGAAAUUGAAAACCAGAGGAUGACUCACAUUACAGUUGAACGCAAUCGUCGAAAACAAAUGAAUCACUAUUUGAAUGUGCUUCGAUCAUUGAUGCCUUCUUCUUAUGUUCAAAGGGGUGACCAAGCAUCAAUAAUUGGGGGUGCAAUAAACUUUGUGAAGGAAUUAGAACAGCUUUUACAGUCCAUGGGGGGCCAAAACAAAACCAAACAAAUAGGCUUAAAUGGAACACCUUUUGCUGAAUUCUUCACUUUUCCUCAGUACACAACAGGUGCAACUCAGAGUAACACACUCACUAUGGAACAACACAAACAAUGGGCAGUGGCAGAUAUUGAAGUCACCAUGGUUGAUACUCAUGCCAACAUCAAGAUACUUUCCAAGAAACAAACAGGACAGCUUAUGAAGAUUGUUCUUGGCUUACAAACUCUUAGGCUUACUAUUCUUCACCUCAAUGUUACCACUCUGGCUGAUAUGGUUCUUUUUUCACUUAGUGUCAAGGUAGAGGAGGGGAGUCAGCUGAACACUGUGGAUGAAAUUGCGGCUGCUGUGAAUCAACUUUUACGGACGGUUCAACAAGAAUUGGCUUUUCAUCUAAAUUGAAUGAAUUUCACAUUAAUUAAUUAAUUAAUUUCUUGCUUUAAUUUUAAAAUAUUCUCUAUCCAUCCUUCUCCUUAUAUAUAUGUAACCGUGUCUGUUAAGAAUAUUGGAAGGGGGUAAUUAAUGUGUGUAGCACUUUAUUAUUUUGUCACAAUCCUUUUUCUAAUACAAGUAUUUGUGCCAAACAACUUCAAUAUCAUAGUUGAAAUGUGUUAGGCCUGUAUGUACAAGUACAAACAAAAAUCUUAAUUACAUGUCUCCGUGAAUUUCAAAUCCAAUUCAAUAUAAUUAAUAAGCUUCUAUUA